AUGGCAACAUUGGGUUUCCAUAUCCAUUCGGAACCGAUCGGCGAUAAUUAUAAUUGUAGCGCUGGUGGUGCCCAUUUCAAUCCUUACAAUGUAUCUCAUGGAAUGCCCCGAGAUCCGCAACGGCACGUCGGUGAUCUAGGCAAUAUUGAGGUAAAUGCUGAUGGCAGAGCCUAUGUUGCAGCACGUGAUAAUGUCAUUUCACUUGGAUUCGAUAAAACAAGAAAUGUUAUCGGUUUGCCUCUGAUGAUCCACAAUUUAACUGAUGACGGAUGUCACACCGGCAAGGGCAAAAGUAAUACGACUGGAAAUGCUGGUCCUCGUAUAGCAUGUGGAACAAUACUUGCUGGCUGA